GACAAACAUUCCCGUCGUUAUGAAAACGUACGUUUCUUUUAAGUUUGUAGGUUUGUGAGAAGCUAUUAACAUUCUAAACGCUUUCAUAGAAUGGUCAGUCCCGAUAUUUGUUCAGAAAAAAGGUUUUAAAAUAAGUGAAUAACUACUCAAGACAUGUCAAGCCGCAAGAACGUACUUAAAUAUAUAAGCGGAUCCCAUUGUUUUCUUAUAAGAAGUUAGCCCUAUGGGGCUAACUUCAGGUAAUACUAAAUCUCUUUUAUUUUUACAGAAUGUCGAACCAAAGUCUUUAACCUAAAAUUGCGUUUCAAUGUUUACUUGUAGAUGAAUUUUCUACUAUCGACGGGGAGUUAUCCAAAAAAAUGUUGAUUUGUCCACACCUAAAUAUGCGACAAAGUCCCUAGAUAAUUCAUUUAGACUGCUAGUAUGUCUAGAACAUGCUUUAAUGGCAAGACAUUUUAUAUUUACUUAUAGUCCCCACAUAACUCAGUUCAAACAAUCUAUUUUGGGGAGAAUUUUGGAAAAAUUAAACUGCGAAGAAUUCUCAAUUUUAAUAGAAAACCUUUGCUGAAAAAAGUUCUUUGUAAAAGGCUUGCCGAAAUUCCUCUUAAAGUUCAUUUUUCCCAGAUGUGUACUCUUUCUUUAUGCUUCCACUAUACAAUCUGCUUUUCCCUUAGGAAGUUUACGUGUUUCCGAAAUACACUAUUUUCACGUAUGUAUUGUUUGUGUUGCAAUUAGCACAAACCAUAUGAUCAACGGAACCGUAUGUUUACCGAUUUGUAAAAUAUAGUAGAUUUAUUAGUCAUAUGCAGAAAAAAAAUACUAUUUAGAGUAAUAGCCUAUCACAAUAUCACCACGAACAUUUUGUGAUCUGUAUUUUAUAAAAAAUGUCUUGCCCUUUUGAAGUUAACCUCCGAAUUAAUUCAUUAUGCACGUAACUCAUCUGAAAUUCUGUAGAAACCUUAUAUUUAGUGAAAAAUGAGACUCGAAUACUUUUAGGAUUUAAUAUAAAUCCUGUUAUGGUUCAUAACGUUUAGCGUAAAAAAUCUACACCUUAAAGCACAUUGUUAUUGACGUAACCAGUUAUGAAGCUUUUUGGCUUCUCUGUUUCUACCUAUAUGGGAAAAGUUAAAUGCUGAUACACUGUAAUUAGGCAAGCAGUAUGGAAUUUUGUUGAAGAAGCUUGAACCCCUGCUCCAUUGGUUGGAAGCAUCACACUAUCAUGUUAUUUAUCAUAAUUAAUUGUGCAUAAGGUAUGCUUCAUGUGUGCUAGUUUCUUUAAUCACAAAUGAAUUUAACUCAUUUACUUUGUCAAGUCAACUUCUAGGAAGAGUAAAUUAGUUUAGAGACGGUAUAUAAAUACUUAUCCUUUGUUUUAGAAAUAUCUGCAAAAUCUCGGAAUUAAUGUAUAAUUUCAAUAAUACAAGAGACCCCGUGCUUUCUAACGUAUUAAUUCCCGUUAACGUGAUAUCAUAGCACAAGUAAAAUGAAAAAGCGGUUAUCUUGUAAAAUCUUCCUACAUUUUAAAAGUUGUCGUCUCAAAAUCUACACUCUCUUAAGUAAUACAAUAUUGUAUCAUAUACUGGAUACUUGUCAUCAAAUGGAUGCGUUAAAGAUCAUCGCUAUAGUUGUUAAACAAUGUAGUUCAACUAUCCUCAAACUUGUUAAAUCUAGUGCCGAUUUGUUUAGCCACCCUCCCAUCAAAUUUCCUCAACUGAUAUUAGUCUUCAAUUAAAGUCAACCAUCCCCAAACCAACAGGACCUCUGCAAAUCAUGUGGUUGAAUUUAUGUAGUAAUAUUUAUUCGUAUACCUAAGUGUAACACAUUCUUUUGACGUGUACCCCUUCUUUUUUCCAUUCUUUUAUUUGACUUGUAGUACCGUACUUACUGCAAAAAUUAUUUGUACAAAAUCGAAAAUAAACGUCUUUACUGAACUUGUGAAUUUUCGCUUAGCAUGUCUUUAGCUAGAAAAUGGUGGGAUAAAAAUGAUGCAACCACCAAAAGGUAUUCAUCUGCCGAUAUACAGCCUAUUGGUGAAUGUUUACAAGAGAAAUUUUCUCAUGGAGUCGACUAUAAUAUGAAAAUUGUUAUACGCGGUGAUCGUAAUGUUGGAAAGUCAGCUUUACUUUCGCGCUUGAAGGGUGAACAGUUUAAAGAAGAAUACAUCCCAUCCAAUGAGAUUCAAUUGGCUAACAUUCAUUGGAAUCAUCAGAAUUCCCAAAGUGUAAUUAAAGUAGAAGUUUGGGAUGUUGUUGAUAAAGGUGAACCUAGGAGUAGUGCUUCGAAAGGCUUGAAAUAUUUCAACAAACUAACAAGAGGCCAACCUGUUAUCAAUAUUGGUGGACAGCCUGGAAAUAUUGAACCAUGUCUAGAUGCAAGUUUUAUUAAUGUCUACAAAGGUGCGCAUGGUGUUAUCUUAGUGAUGAAUAUGACGAAAUUAUCGACAUUUGAAUAUGUAUGUCUCGAGCUUGUACAAAUUCCUCCAAAACUGCCCAUAUUAAUUAUGUCGAAUUUCCAUGAUAUACAAGAACAACGUGAAAUCAAUGAAGAACAAGUUCAAAUGUUCCUCAAUGAUUCUAUUAUGCAAUUAAAUCAGUAUAAUGUUACAUCUGAUAAAAAAUUCAAUGAAUUAUCAAGAAAAAGUUAUGUACAAAAGUGAGAUUUUUUAAUAAGAAAAAGGUUGUUCAGGAGUUUUAUGUAUACAUUUUCAUAACACCCUUAAUUUACUGCCCACAAUUUGAAGUACUGUUUACUUAAAUUCGUUGAUGCUAGAUGGUUUUUGAUUGUCGAGUAGGAAACCUUGCUUGGCCGUAGUCAACAAAACAUUCCUACCACCGUGUUUCAUUAACCACUAAAAUUAUUUUAGGUAUUGGAAGGUUUCCACUAUUGUCCUUAUUCUACAUUAUUUCGCAUCAUUAAUUUGACCGUUCUUUUUUCACAUCUAUGCCUAAUUACACGUAUAGAUUAUGUCAUAUUUCAUUUAUAAUUG